AGGAUCAAUAAUAUCCAAACCAUUUUGUCUAAUUUGGCCUGUAACUUCUCGAAUCUGAAUUUUUCUACUCGAAAAAACCCUAAAAUUCGAAAUUGGAUCCAAAAUUGGGGGUUUUGCAAAUCUUCAUCAAAUCUUGCAAUUGAGGGGUCCUUGGAGAGACAGACAAAGCUCAACCACAAUUUCGGAUAGGAAAGGAGAAUUAUUAAUUAAUUUUCUUAAUCUCAACUAUUAAUCAAAUUAAUUUAUUUCGCACUCCAUCCUUUGGCACCAUUUUGAGGAAGACCCAAGUUCGAGGGUGCGUGGAGCUUUUUGCCAGGACAUCAGAUGACAGCCAGUUAGGGUUUGUUUUUAGCGAGCAAGGGGUUCGAUUUUUACCUACUGCCUCUUAUAUUUGGUAUGCUUUGUGCAUUUCAACUGUGAAUAGUAGAUGGAGAUGGGUACAUACAGAAACUCUAGUUAGUAUCCGUGCAGUUGUAUUUGAAAUGGCAUCAAAAGGAAGGCUGUUAUUUGAUCUUAACGAACCUGCUACUGAGGAUGACCAGGAAAAUGGCGGUGUCUGCAGUUCCCUGCCUCAGAAGGCAGUUCCUUCAUCAAGUACACACAUCGUUGAGAAAGAAGAAGGGGAGUGGUCUGAUGCAGAGGAAUCUCGAGAAAUAUGUAGAAAUUCUGAUAUCCAAGAUCACCCAAGUUCUGUAAAUGGCAAGGCCCAGGAGACGAAAUCCAAUGUUGAUGAGGUUAACAAAAAUGAAAAUGUUUCUGUAAAGAAUAAUUCUCAAAGCAUUGACAACAUGAGAGAUGAAAUUAUCAAUUCUCCCUCUUCAGUAUCAGACAGAGACACAAAUGGAAGGAAAAACAAUAGUAGACAAGAUAUUGAGAGUAAUCACAACUCCAUGGAUGGUCAGGAGGACACGAUCUCAUUGCCUAAGCAAAGAGAAAACCGGGGACCUGAAGCAAUUCACGCACUGAAGUGUGCAGGCAAUUUUGCAAAGCGUCCUAGGCUUGACCAGCAGAAGGAAGCAAUGCUUGGUAAGAAGCGCAACAGGCAGACCAUGUUCCUUGACCUGGAAGAUAUCAAACAAGCUUCUCCCCUAAAGAGUUCAACUAGGCGUCAGAACUUUCCUGCAACUGUUACCACCCGGACUGUAAAAGAUGCUCAAACUGAUAUUUUGAAUGCUGAUAAGAGUGCGGAAAAGCAGGUGCAGUCAUUGUCUAAGGAUAUGAAACAGGUCGAUUCAUCAACUAACCAAGGAAGUAGUUGUCUAGAGCCUAAUGGUUCUAAAUCUGACUGUAAUGAUGAUAUGCAUAUAGGAUCAUUAAGUGUUCCUAGAAGGAUGAAUAGUUACACAAAUCUUGUGAAAGAGGCACCAACUUCUGCUGCUAGACAGAGUUCUUGGAGUCAAGCUUCAGAUCAUAGGCAACCACAAUCCAAGAGUUCCCAGUUUCCCAGUAGAAAGCCUGCCUUGACUGGUCAAAACUCUCUAGAUACGAAGUUGGGGUCAAAAAAGCUUCCUUCAAAGAAGCAAUCUGUCUUAAAUACCCAAUACCAAGACACAUCAGUUGAGCGUCUUUUGCGCGAGGUGACCACCGAAAAGCUUUGGAAUUAUUCAGGUAUCUAAUUUGGUUUUCAAUAUUUCAAUCGUGUUCUUUGAAGCUUCUGUUUCAUUUGUUGUGCUGUUGGCUUUUGUGGAUUUAUGCUCGUUCAUGUCAAGCAAUCCUCCUUUCCCCUCCCCACUCAGCAAAAUGGAAAAAUAAAGAAUAAUAAUAAUUUCUGGAAAGCUUA